ACUUACUCGACACCUGCACAACACGUUAAAGCCCAUCAUUUCAUACCAAUAAAAGAAAAGGGGCAAAAAAAAAAAAAACCCUAGCUGCAAUUUUAACUUCCCCAAUUUUCAUUAUUCAAAUCCUUCAUCCGCAUACCACCUUCUUCUCCAGAUUAACCCCAAAAAUCACAAUUCAAGGUAUAAAAAGUCUAAUAGUUUGAACAGAGUGGCUAGGUCUGAAAGUGAUGAUGACAUGGCAGCUAAUGUUAUCCUGUUACAUUAAAACUGAAGUCAAAAGAACCAAGUUAUUCACAUAGUUCAGCAGAGGAUUAUUUCAGAUAGUCAAAUAUGUCUUUGGUCAAACCAGAGAUGAAGUCUUUUGUUUGGCUCGAAACUGCGGAUGGUUUAAUUCAACAAGUAGAGGAAGAAGUUGCGAUGUUUUGUCCGAUGAUAUGUAGAGAAGUUAUUCAUAAAAGCAUGGGAUCAUCCAAAAACCAUGCUAUAAAACUUCCUGAAAGAGUUACUCCUGCUGUCUUAGGUUUAAUACUUGAUUAUUGUCGGUUUCAUCAAGUAGCGGGGCGCUCCAAUAAGGAACGUAAAACUUUCGAUGAAAAGUUCAUACGGCUGGAUGCGAACAAGUUAUGCGACUUAGUAUCUGCUGCGGAUAGUCUCCAGCUAAGGCCAUUGGUUGAUCUUACUAGCUGUGCAAUUGCUAGGAUGAUUUCAGGCAAAACUGCAGAGGAAAUACGUGAGACAUUUCAUAUUGCCGAUGAUCUUACAGAGGAAGAGAAGUUGGAACCUAUAAAAAUUAAAACCGAUGAUUCACGUGUCCGUCUUUUGAAUAGGUUGUAUGCAAGAAAGAGAAAACAGUUGAAAGCAAGAGAAAAAUCAAAGGAUGUUGAAGUUGAAGAGGAGCGCGUUGAAGAUCGGUCUGUUGAUGAUCUCUUGUCAUUCAUAAACAGUGGGGAUGAAGAUUCCAAAGGCGUUAAGCUUGCCAAGAACAAAAAAAAAAAUCGUAGGAAAAAGAACCUUCGCAAGGACCCUUCUCCCAACAUUGAGAACAAGAAUCCGUCGUAUAAGGAAAUGGAUAGUCUUUCUUCUUCCCAUAAUAGUGAGAUUGAAGAUCUGCCUAAUCAAAGUAUAAGCUUAAAGUUUCUUGGAUAUGUUUCUACCGAGUCUGAUUUUGAUGACGGAUUGGAUCCUGCACUUAAGGAACAACUUGAUAGGGAAGUAGAGGAUUUUGCUCAAAGACUAAACUCUGUUUGGUCAAAAUAGGAUCAUUACACCAUUAUCUAGGGAUAUAUAAACAGGCGUGGACGAGAAGUGGGGCCCGUCAUUUCUCAUAAUGCAGCAUGGUCUUCUACUAUUGUAGGGAUGCUCUUAUUAGGUGACAUAGCAAGUUAAGAGGCUAGAUUAUGUAGGCAUGUAAGCAAAAGUUAUAUGCCUUAUUGAACUCAGUAGAGGAUAGUUGGAGCUCUAAUAUAACUUUUGAACUUUCAUGAUUUUUGCCUUGUUCAUUAUAUGACUUUUGGUUUAUUUUUAUUCGUUUAUUUUUAUUGACUUA